CACAUGAUCGAUUGGGAUUCGAAGCAUAUUUUCAGAUAUUGAACAUCGUCAGCAUUAGAUAUAUAAACAAACCAGCCUAGUCGAGCAGGUCAGUUUCAGUAAACAUGUUGCAGUUCCUACUAGUUGCGUGUCUUAUCAGUUCGGUGCUGGGAAAUGAUUCUCAGUCGAGCCGUAUCGUGGGAGGACGACAAGCCGCUCGUGGGCAAUUCCCGUUUCAGGGUUCAUUACGAAGCGCGAGAAAUAGACACUUUUGUGGUGCAGUAGUCGUUGGUGAUCGUUGGCUUCUGACAGCAGCUCAUUGCACCAUAGGAAACCAGCCGUACGAGUUGCAGGUGGUUGUUGGUUCCGUCGAUAGUUCAACUGGUGGCACGACUUACCAACUACGACAGGUUAUUGAACAUCCGGACUUCAACGAACUUACGCUAGAAAACGAUAUUGCACUUUUGCAAACUAUUCAUCCUAUUGUAAUGAGCAGCUAUAUUCAGCCAAUAGCUUUGAGUAACAAUGUAGUACCUGCAGGGAUAAUUGCAACCACCUGUGGAUGGGGUCAAACCGAGUUUGGAUCAGGUUUAUCAAAAAUGCUGCAGUACAUGGAAAUGAGAACGUUGACAAAUCAGGAAUGCAGAUUGAGACAUGACAUACAAAAUCGUCAGAGGAUUCACUCCACCAGUUUGUGUACAUCCCCGCGCGCUGGAAAAGGAACCUGUAUGGGAGAUUCUGGAAGUCCACUGGUCGCCAAUAGCCUUCUCAUCGGAUUAGUAUCGUGGGGAGUUCCAUGUGCCGUCGGGAAACCUGAUGUUUUCACCAGUGUGGCGCCUCAUCGGGCAUGGAUCAAAUAUACAGCGGGAGUUUAGGAUGACUGCGGUGAAUGGUACAGAAGAAAUGCAUGGAAGGUGCACAUAACAAAGUACUUUAUUUAAAAAACAUUUUAAAUUUCUUCCGGCUUAGCAAUUUGAGUUACAUUUUUUCUACUGUACCGGAAACUCAUAAAUUUUGCUUUUAUUACCUUUCAAGUCUUCAGAUAAUUUUUAAAAUUCUUUAACAUAUGACAGAAAUUCGUAUGAAAGCAUGUGGUUGGCAAACGACACAUAGAGUCUUCCAAAACGAGACACCAAUUACUAAAAAGGCCAUUUAGACGAAUAAAAAUGUUGGAUUACUUUUGGAUUAGCUUUUCAGGCAUUAAAUAAAUUUAAAAGCAUCUUUUA